UCUUCCUUUCUUCCAAACGCUCUUCUUCGCUUUUGGGGAUCUGAAACUUUGAUACCACUUAUGCUUUGCCUAUGACUCUUUUGCUUCGCUGAUCUCUCUCGCUCGCUGUACGUAACAGAGGUUUAGUUCCUCCGGUAGUAAUUCUCUCUCGCUAUCCUCUAUGGACAUCCCCUUGCCGUUGGAUAAGUUGUUCUCAGAAUCAGUGACCGCGGAGAAGACUUUUGUUGUUCUUGUAGCAACCGGGAGUUUCAAUCCUCCUACCUUUAUGCACUUGCGCAUGUUUGACCUUAUGCAUUCUUCAAACGCUAACUUCUCUUCGGAAGUGAAGAAGAACAAAAAUCCAGAGCUGGCCAGAGAUGCUUUAAAUUCAGAGGGCUAUUGUGUCAUUGGAGGCUACAUGUCCCCCGUUAGUGAUGCGUACAACAAAAGGAGUCUUAUACCAGCUGAACAUCGUGUAAAGUUAUGUAAUCUAGCCUGCAAAAGCUCUGAGUUUAUAAUGGUUGAUUCAUGGGAGGCAAAUCAAAGUACAUAUCAGCGUACUCUAACUGUUCUCUCUAGAGUCAAGUGUCUUUUGAGCGAAAGUGGAUUGAUAUCCAGGGGAUCUCUUAAGGUAAUGCUUAUCUGUGGCUCUGACUUACUCCAAUCUUUUAGCAUUCCUGGAGUUUGGAUUCGUGAACAGGUCAGAACCAUUUGCAAAGAUUAUGGUGUGGUUUGUAUCCGCAGAGAAGGACAAGAUGUUGAAAAAAUCAUCUACAAUGAUGAGAUUCUGAAUGAGAACAAGUUAAACAUUAAGGUGGUUGAUGAACUUGUACCUAACCAAAUUAGUUCAACAAGAGUGAGGGAAUGCAUUUCAAGAGGGUUAUCAAUAAAGUAUUUGACGAUAGAUGAAGUUAUAGAUUAUAUCAGACAACACCACUUAUACCUGAGAAGGGAUGAUAAGUAAUUAUCCAACUCCAACUCAUUGUUAUAGAUUGCAUGUUUCUGUAAACUGUCAAGAAGCACAAUUUCAAUAAUGAGGGAGUUUAAUUAUAAAUGGUCUAAUAAUCUUCCACGGAUCAACAAGCACCAAUUGGCAAUUGGUGGCACUUUGGGUACUUUUCGGUGUAAAUUUCAUGGCUCAAUUGAAUCAAUUUUCUGUUCAAGUCAAAUAUGCAAUUUGCCUCAGAAGAAGGCAGCUUUGGCUCCAUUUGAGCUUACGAACUUGCCAAUUUCAAUCGUGA